UGAUUCAAAUCACAUUUUAAGACACAACUACCUAGUAAGAACAUUUUUAAAGGAAUAACAAUCUAGUUUUUAGUCAGUAAAGAUGCUUUAACUCCAGUGAUAUAAUGAACUAUGAGGACCUAAAUUGGAAAUGAUUCUGCUGUUUGUAUGAAGUAAUACAUUUGAUAAAAAAAUGGAGUUUGCAUCAGACUUCGCAAACGUUUCGGACGCGGGCAAUGUUUCUGUGGUGUAUAGUUACGCCAACAAUAGUGUGACGUCAUUUGGUAGCCAUGGUAAUAAGAGUGAUUUGAAUUGUUCUGAAAUUAUGGAAGGUAAAUCUGGUCCACCACCUAUAUACGAUCCCGCAAGACGAUAUAUCAUAUCAGGAAUUUUGUUUAUAUUCCCCUGUCUAACUAUGAUUGGAAAUGGAAUGGUGAUAGUUGCUGUUCUGACGCAUAAACGCUUGAAAACUGUAACUAACGCAUUUGUUGUCUCCCUUGCCGUAGCGGACAUCAUGGUGGCGAUAUUAGUUAUGCCAUUUGGAAUAUAUCAACAGUUUAACAAUAAGACUUGGAACCUUGGAAAGAAUUGGUGUUUAAUUACAACGAGUUUUGACGUCAUGUUUACAACCACGUCAAUAUUCAACUUGUCUUGCCUAGCCAUCGAUAGAUACCUCGCCAUUUGCAGACCGUUUAUUCAUGAAAGAUUAACCCGUCCUAAAGUAAUAAUGAUGCUCUCUUUCUGUUGGAUUGUGCCUAUAUUUAUUUCGUUUGUGCCUAUACAUAUGAACUGGAAUCAUAUUGGCAUAGAAGACUACGUACAAUGCGCGUUCCCGGAAGACGAUCCAACCCAUUGCGCGUUUGUUGUUAACAGAGAAUUCGCGACAGUUUGUUCUAUGAUAGCCUUCUACAUUCCUACAGUUUUUAUAGUAAUAUGCAAUGUCCAUAUAUUCAGAACAGCGCGGAAACAGGCGCAUCAAAUUCGAAGUUUAGAACUGAGCGCACAUAAACAUCAUAGAAAAGGCAAGUUAAAACACGAGACAAAGGCGGCAAAAACUGUCGGUAUUAUCAUGGGUUGUUUCUUCAUUUGCUGGUUCCCGUUUUUCGGACUUAAUAUCAUUGAUCCGUUCAUUGGAUACAAGGUACCAUAUACAUUAUGGACUGUUGCAUUGUGGUUAGGUUAUAUCAACUCGAUGUUGAAUCCAUUUCUUUACUAUAAUUUCAACAGACAUUACAAAAUGGCCUUCCGCCGCCUUCUCACGUGCAAAGUGUGUCGCGGAAUUAGUGAAUUCGAAGCAGAUAUGGUUCCCAGCACGCUGUAUACGGACUUAUCUCAUUCAGCGUCGGCUAACUCGCACUCUUGUCUCCAUAAUGGAGCCGGGAGACAUUCUAUACCUCAAGGUCAUAUAAAUAACAACGUGGAUUUGUGACAUCAGAUUAAACGUAACUUUUGUCAUGGUUAAACAUUACGUCCAUACUUACUUCUUUGAUAAUUUAUUUUAAUUAGAAAUAAUAUAUUCAUAAUGCAAUAUGAACAAAAAAAGAACACUAUUUUUGAAUCUGUUGUCAUGCUGGUUAUUUCAAAUACGACUUUGAUGUUCUGAAUAAGUGUUUUUUUUUUAUAGAUUGCGUGUUUAUUUUCGUACAUGACGUCUUCACUAUGGUAUCUGUGAUAAAGUGUGCCAUAUUUAAACCCUUCAUGUACAUAUUAUACCAUUAUUUACAGUGAAAUAGAAGAAAUAGAAAUAUUUUGUAAACUAAACCGAUGUUAAAAUUAUCUUGGUGCUUUUUUUAGUUGGGUUUUAAAUUACUCUUUGAUUUAAUGGUACAGUCAAACCUGUAUUUAGACCACAUCCGAAUAAAGAUAACCCUGCAACUAAAAGUUCAUUUUUGAUAACUUUUCAUUCAUAAAAUGGAAUAAGUACCCUCCAAAUAAAGACCGCUUGUAUUGACGACCAUUAUGUGUCUUUCCCAUGGUUGGCUUUAGCUUACAGGUUUGACUGUAGAUUAUUGACAAUUGUUUUAGCAGUGUUUUAGCUUUGGUAUGUAGAACAUUGUUCAUGCAUAGAUUGAUUUAUUUAAAUUAGAAUAUGUUACAUUUAGACCGUUUCAAUUUAAAUUUAGUCUAAAUUUCAUCCCAUCUGAACUCAAACUAAGUCAUUAUCAUUUUCAUUACAUGACACGUGUACUAUAAACAUUAAAUUGUUAUGAUUUUAGCUUUUAUUUCUCAAUAGUUUAAAGAUAAGCUUUUUGUUCGAAUUGUAUUUAGGCGAUGUAAGCGCAUGAACUAAAUACAAUUGUUCUAAAAAGAUUACUUUAAUCGAAAUUUCCAUCGUUUUUUUUAUAUAUAAGGUAGCUAUUAUUUUAGCUUGUUAGCUAUUUACUAAGCAUCAACGUCAAUCAGUCUGUGUUAGUGUAUUUCUUUUCCAGCUGUAUCUGACAAAGUAAAUUGUAUUUUCUGAGAAAUAAUUGCGUUAUUUUUAAGGUAGUCUUACUGUAAUGCUUAUCUGCCAAAAAAUAUAACAUCGGCAAAUAUCGUAUCAUUACGGUUAUUUCCGGAACGUUACUUUUUUAUUAAAUCUUGGGCAUUAGAUUAUUAAAAUAUCUCAUUUACAAUCAAUCAUCCUUUAUCGCUACUUAUUUCGGUUAUAAACGGUUAAAAAUUAUUGAAAAAUACCAAAGAUUGUGAAAAAUAACGUUCCGGAAAUGACCGAUUUUAUACGAUAUUGACCGAUGUUAGAAUUUUUGGUGGGAAAGCAUUACAAACUUCUGCACAGAUAUAUAUUACACAAAACUAGCCUAACUGCAUACGGUUAUUGUUAUUGUUUUUAUGAUAUUGAUAUAUAGUUUAAUACGAUUUUUUUUAUAAAACUGUUACUGCAAAGCUUUAUUUUUAGUUUAAAACUAUUAAUUGAUAUUUGAUGAAGUAUUUAUGUCAUCUGUUAUUGACCUAAAUAAGACAUAAUGACUUUAUUGGUCCCGCCCCCGAAAAAAUUUAGACAGCCAAUCAAAUCUCCCAAUGUUAUAUAUUUUCUAUAUAAUUAUGACAUUGUCGAGUGUCUAGCAUGUUUUAUGAAAAUUUUAUACAGUUUUCAUCUUAAAUGAAAUAACAGGUUUAAAAAUGUAAACAAAACUAUAUUUCAUAAUCUAAAAACAUCUCAUGUAAAACAUACAUACCCAUUUGUUUCUGGUGUCAAUCAGUCAAGAAUUGUCCCACGUACAUGUAAAUCUAUCUUUCUUUCUUGGAAGUUAUGAACAGUUUUGUGUUUGUCUAAUUUUUGUUGUCGAUACACAACUGAUGUUAUACUUGCCAAAACAACAUCAACAACAACACUAACAACAACAACAAAACAUUUCAUUUUUGUAAAUAAAUACCACCGACCCAAAAAACACAAUAUAAUCAAAGCAGUUAUGCGUAUUUUAGCUCUGUCUACAAUACAGAUUGUUAUCUAUGACAUGGUUUUCGUAUUUAUAUUAGUUAUCAAUAAUUUUCAUAAUAUCAUGAACAACAAAGCAAUAGUCUUUAUUUUUCCUUCAUUUUGAUUUUUUAUCAAAUUACAAAAAUUAUGGAAUGUAUAAUUAUAACUGUGCCAUAUAUUACUUUGUCUUUGAUAGGAAAAUCUGUUACAAAUGAAAAAUACAUGUGUAGCACCCAACAUAUAAUAGCACACUCGACCUUGUCUAACCAUUUGUUAUACGCAAGUGAGAACGAUCUAUUUAUAUGUUUUGGACUGGUUUGCAUGUUCGAAAAGAAAACAAAAACAUUGCCAUUUCUUAUCUUGCAAUACAAUUUUUUUUAACAAAGUUGGUUAUAAAGAAAUUUUCGGCGAAUAUUACGAUUUCUUUCUUCACUUUUCACUUUUUGUUUUCAUCGUAAUAAAAUAUUAAUAUAAAAUUUAUUCGAUGCUGUCUGAAAAUUAUUCUGUCAGCAAAUUAGCCAUGUUUUAUUUGUUAGAAUUUUUUUUAAUUGAUCUCGUCACGAAAUGACACGAGAGCACGCAAUACAGUUCAGGGAACCUUUGCCGGAUGAACGCGUGAUGCAUUCAUUAUCUUUAAAAUAUCAUGACAUCUUAGGGAAACGUUGUCAAGAUUUCCGUGUAUGAUUUUCAAGACAUUUGACAAGGUCGUAAUGAUAUACAACAAUCAUAAUUUACGGGAAGCUUUGUCGCAGUUAUAAAGGCAAAGAUCGAGGAGGAGGGUGGGAUUGUAUCACACAAACAGGGAUGCCUUUUAGUUCGAUACCUGUGGUAGUUGGAUCAAACAAAUCAAACAGCACGCCUCCAGAUUCAUGCUUAUUUUCGUGAAAACUAAAAAAAUAUAUUUUAAAGUAAAUUAUUGUGAAAUGAACAAAGAAAAUAAUUUACACAUUGAAAACAGCACUUGCAUUCCACGCAAAUUACCAAAAAAGAGGUUUAAAUAAUCAAAAAUUGCCCUUACUGAACUAGUGCAUGUAACGCAAUCGAAAUAUUGUGACGCACGUAACAUGUAAAUUAUUACUUCAAUCUUAAAUAUUUUUACAUUUCUUAAACUAUUAGUACAUUUUUUCUCAAGUUUAAUGUUCUUGAAAAGUUUUGGCUUAUCUCGAGGCAAAAAACUUUGAUUUGUUUCCGUCAUUUUGUUUUGUUUUGAGCAAAUGCAUAAUUUUAUUCAUAAAUAUUUCAUAAUAAAGAUUAAUUCUACAAAUCGCAUGUAGAUACAGAAAAUAAAUCAAAUCUGAUUCACAAACCUUUUCAUAUGUAUGUGUUUUUUUCCAAAUAAGUCAUUUACGGUUGAAGGAAUCAGUAAACGUUUGAAGUAAUUUCUUUCUACCUCUUACUUAAGUUACCACUUUGUCUCCACCAAUUGUAGGACGUAUUAAAUUGUACUGAACAUAAUUAUUAUCCCUUCAGUACUCGACCGACCGACAGGUGACGUCUUCACUUCAUUUCAAAUAUAAAUUCAACUGUAACAAAAGUAAUAAAAAUGUAUCAAACUAUGUCUAAAUUUCAUCAUACAGAAAUUAACAAAAUCUUACCAUUCAAAGGAUAAAAAAACAUUGUCAUUCGAAUUAUAAGAAACGAUCACAGCAAAUUUCUGCAUGACAAUACGCGUGUAAGCUGUCUCAAAAAUAUAAUCGUGAUUAAUUUAUGAGAAGUUCUCAUUUUUGAUCGUCAUUUUCUUUUUAACUCUUUACUCGAGGUUUGUUUAACAAACAUGUUUUAUACAAUAAUAACUGUAAGAACGUUCAUAGAAGCCCAUUAUGCCUCAGCAUUGUUUUUUUUUCUCAAAAGCUUUCUUUUAUAUUUGGUGUACUUUUAUACUUUUCAACAAGUUCAAUUAUAUGAACCAACUUUUUCACUUGUUGCUUUCUGGCAAAACAAUACUGUAUAGUAAUAGUGACUGAGUAUUUUGUAAGAAUAUCAAAUUAGUUUUUUUCCCUUUUCUUUACUUUUUGCUACUUUUAUGACGAAUAAUUUCAAAAUUACCACUACUUUCUCAAACGUCUCUAAAAUCAUUAUAUUAUCGUUAUAAUACCCACGUCAAACCCUUUCUAAAAUAAUAUAAUUAAUUUGUUCCCGAGGCAUAAUGUGCCUUAAAUUGUAAAA